GAAAUGUGGGUUUCAUAUCUCUGUGAUUACGAUUCAGAUAGAUAAGGAGGAGGAAGGUAGAGAAGAAAAUAGGACUGGGCUCAUAGCCUUUAUCGAGAGAGAAAAUGGAAGAAGGAAGAAGAAAGACGUCAUGGCCUACACGAACCCUAAUGGAAGAGGCCUAACUGAUUUUUAGAGAGAGACAAGGAAGAUGGGAUGCUGAAUUGGGAUAGUUCGAAGAGGGGUUUUCUCUGAUUUGGGAUGUUGUUUGAGAGAAAGCCCUAACUAUAUUGAUUUGUGAAGAAGCCCUAACUGAUUUUGACGCAGAGAAAAGGAAGAGGGUUUUUCAUUUUAUUGGGGAAACAACCAGCAGAGCUGAAGGAUUAGGUUUGAGGAAUUAAUCCUUACAAUUGCUCCUAUGACGAGGGAUUUUUAAGUCAAUAGUUAGAGAGAUAAAGGGGUUUCCAUUUGACGAUGAAGACCUUUAAGGAUUGGAUUUCGUGGAAAUCUUUGCUCUCUGCAAGACCACUUUCAGGCAGCGAUAGCUUCCUUGAAGAGGACGAGACCCGUAGGCACGAAGAUGUCGAUGUUGCAGCUUCAGGAACUCCCCCUGGUUCAUCAGGGACUGCAUCUACAACUUCUGCUUGUCCUGCUAAUGGCAUCCAAUCCAGCGCAUCUUGCCCCUAUUUUCCACCUGUGGUGAUGGAGGAUUGUCAUUCUUCCCCCCACUAUCCUGAUGGUAAAAGCAGUGACAUAUUGGAAAAACUUGAUGCACUUCAAGUAAACUUUUUGCGCCUUGUUCAUAGACUGGGGCAAUCAUCACAGAAUCUUGUGGUUGCACAGGUCUUGUACAGAUUAGAACUCACUAAGCAAAUAAGAGCCAGUGAUUCCAAUGCCCGAAGUGUUGGUCUUAGCAUAGAUAGAGUUAAAACAAUAGCAAGGGAGCAAGAGACAGCUGGACAAGGUGGCAGUGAGCUAGACUUUUCUAUUAACGUUCUUCUUUUGGGAAAAACAGGGGUUGGCAAGAGUGCAACUAUAAAUUCCAUUUUCAAUCAAGCAAAGGUAUUUACUGAUGCUUUCCAGCCUGCCACCGAAGAGAUUCAAGAAAUAAUUGGCACUGUUAUGGGUGUUAAGGUUAAGGUUAUCGAUACCCCCGGUCUUCUUCCUUCACCUUCUGACCAACGACUAAAUCGUAGAAACAUGCAUACUGUGAAAAGGUUCAUUAGAAAUUCACCGCCAGAUAUUGUUCUCUAUUUCGAUCGGCUCGAUGUUAUAAACAUGGGUUACAGUGACGUCCCUUUACUCAAGCUUAUCACAGAGACUUUUGGGUCUGCUAUUUGGUUCAAUACUAUCAUUGUUUUAACCCAUUCUUCGUCAGCUCUUCCGGAAGGACCAGAUGGGACUUCAUUAGGUUACGAAGCAUUUGUUACCCAGUGCAAGAAUAUAAUGCAGCAUCAUAUACACCAAGCUGCAGCUGACAUGAGGCUCAGGAAUCCCUUGUUACUUGUAGAGAAUCAUCCUCUGUGUAUAAGAAAUAGGGAAAGGGAGAAAGUUCUCCCAAAUGGUCAAGCUUGGAGGUCCCAAUUCUUGCUUUUAUGCAUCUCCUCUAAGGUCUUAAACGAUGCAAAUGCCCUAUUGAAGUUUCAAGAUGUUGUUCAUGGGAAGCAAAACAAUCAGAGACGGCCAUCUUUGCCUCAUCUCCUCUCAUUCUUUCUUCAACCCUGUUCUGCACCAAAUGCAUCCGAUUUAAUGUUGAUUGAUGAAGUGGGGGAAGAGGUGUCUUAUUUGGAAUCUGAAGAUGAAUAUGAUAAGUUACCUCCCAUUCGCAUUUUAUCUAAAGGCCAGUUUAAAAGAUUGAGCAAAGCUCAGAAGGAGGAUUAUCUAGAUGAACUUGAUUAUCGAGAAACAUUGUAUCUGAAAAAGCAGUUGAAAGAAGAGCUUGGAAAAUGCAGAGAUGGCUCAAGUAUCAAUGGCAAAGAUGGGCACAAUGAAGGCGAACCCCCUCCAGACACAGUACCUUUGCCAGAUAUGGCCAUGCCGUUAAGUUUUGAUUCGGCUUGCCCCACUUAUAGAUAUCGCUCCCUUGAAUAUGGCAAUAAGUGGCUUGUGAGGCCUGUUCUUGACCCACAUGGAUGGGAUCAAGAAAUUGGGUUCGAUGGGGUAAAUUUGGAGGCAUCUUUUCCAAUAGUAAAGAAUCUCAAUACCUCUCUAAACAGUCAAUUGAGUAAGGACAAGCAAGACUGCAAUUUUCAGAUGGAGUGUGCAGCCACACACAUUGACGAGAAAGGCCCCUCUUAUUAUACUGGCCUCGAUGUUCAAAAUCUUGGCAGAGGUCUCGCAUGUACAGCUCGUGGGCACAUGCAAUUGAAAACCCAUAAAUAUAAUAAGGCUGGAUGUGGGUUUUUGAUGGGAUCCAUAGGGAGUAAUGUAUAUGUUGGUGCAAAGCUUGAGGACACCAUAGCUAAGAAGCGAUGGAAGCUUGUAGUUGACACUGGGGGUAUGGCAAGCCAAGGGGAUAUGACAUUUGGGGGAAGAUUAGAGGGAUCGUUAAGGGGCAAAGACUAUCCAGUUAGAAGGGAUCAAGCAAGUGUCUCUCUUACCAUGCUUUCGUGCAACAAAGAGGUGCUUCUUGAAGGCGGCCUAUUGGUCCGAUUUCGGCCAGCUCGUGGUACUAAUAUGGCUAUACAAGCAAAUGUGAAUCACAAGAAAAGUGGUCAGAUUUGCAUAAAGGCCAAUAGCUCUGAACACAUUCAGAUUGCAUUGAUUGCUAUUAUUCCAAUUGUAAGGGCUCUUUUUAGAAGAAGAGCGAUACAGCAUGAUCCUCCUGUAACUGAUCGAUGAGCUUUUUUGGGGCUACUAAUUUGUGCUUUUCUAUUGUGAGGGCUUCAUUUAAGACAUUUCCAUCCUGUAUUUGUGUUUCUUCUGGAGUAAUUACCCUGUGAAGCGGCGGUUUGGAUUAAAUAAAGAUGGCAUUCUGCAGCAGUAAAUGUGGGCAGCAGAAUAGACUUAGAAAUGUAUAUAGCAAGUUAUGGUUAGCCAAACAAAAAAGUUGUGCUCCAAUUGUUGAGAAUGAAUGACUCGGGGAACUUUGUGGUAUGAAAUGAUAAUUACAUUGGCCAAA